AUAUUUACUUGAGGAGGCCUGGAACAGUAGAAAAGUAAGCCGUGUGUAGAAACAUAGGUACACAAAUUAUUCCCCGAUUCCCUGUGUACCAAUCCUAUCUAUUAUAUUGGUUGGUUAUUAAUCGGAGAUCGGAGGUAAUUGAGCGGCGGAUUGCAUGAGCGGUUGUUGUGUGGGUGGUGGUGGCGGCGGCGGAUCGGACGCGGAGUGAGCAGAGGAUCGAAACAUGUCUGCGAUCAUAGUGUGCGGGAAGAGAUCAGCGCUGUUCCAAGAGCUUCCUCCAAAGAGGACCCGUUGUUCUUCUUCUUCUUCCCCGGUUCGCCUCUCUCCCUCUUCCCUCCUCCACCACCUCGCCGCCUUGUUCCCGGACAUGGACAACCACCUCCUCGAGAAAGCCCUCGAAGAUUGCGGCAACGACAUCGACUCCGCUAUCAGAAGCUUAAACCAGCUUCGCUUAGGAGCUUCAACACCUCCUCUUCGUUCCACUCCCAUUGCAUCUGAUGCUACUCUUCAAUCGCAAGGUGAAGGGCAAUAUGAUGCAGAAGUUUCAGCUUCUCAGGACCCGGUUGCUGGACAAAAUUAUCCCACAAAUGGUGCUGAAUGGGUGGAGCUUUUUGUUAAAGAGAUGAUGAAUGCUUCAAACAUGGAUGACGCUAAAGCUCGAGCAUCAAGAAUGUUAGAGGCGUUGGAGAAGUCAAUUUGCAUGAGAACAAGUGUUGAAACAGAGCGAAACUUUCACCAGGAAAAUACGGCGCUGAAGGAACAAGUGGAGGCCCUUGUUCAAGAAAAUGUGAUUCUGAAGCGUGCUAUCUGUAUUCAGCACGAACGCCAAAAAGAAUAUGAAGAUAGAGAUGUAGAGUUGCAGCAAUUGAAGCAAUUAGUGUCACAGUACCAGGAACAGGUAAGAGCUUUAGAGGUAAACAAUUAUGCCCUGACAAUGCACCUAAAGCAGGCAGAGCAAAGCAGUUCCAUCCCUGGGCGUUUUCAUCCAGAUGUUUUCUAGGUAACAAGUGUAUCUGGCUGUUUUUGUAGUUUAAGUAAUCACGAAGAAGAAACAAGGCAACUCAUUUAAGUCAUAUUUAAUGAUUCGAAAGAAAAAAAAAAAUCUAUCCUACUUAUAGAUCAUUAGCUUUUUGAUGUAGAUUCCCAUGUGAUCAAUAUUUUGGAUGUUAGGAGAUUUGAUAUGGCUUGCCUCAAGUAAGUCCCUUAUGAUA